UAAGCAACAAAGAAAAAAUAAAAUUAAAAAAAAAAAAACUCAACAUCGACCACGAAACCCGACAGAAGUCGAAGUGCGAAAGAAAAACGCAAAAAAAAAAAAAUAAAAAAUGACUUCGCGAAUUGUCAAAUAUUUUACAAAUUUUAGAUGAAACAUAAAGAAAAAAUAAAAACGAAAAAGAGAAAAUUUACAAAGUGCUGAAGAAAAUAAAAAAAAUUCCAAUUAAUACACACAUCCGCCCUAUCUCUGUGAAUUCUUUUUUUUUUUUCCAAUAAAAAUCUAAAAAUUCAUAAAUUUCCCCCAGAAAAAAAAUUUGUUUGUUAAUUUUGCUAAAAAAGUUGUAGAAAAAAAACUUUGUCCCCAUCGGGUGGACAGAAUCCGAAAAAAAAGUCAUCAGACUUUGAAGAACCCCGAAAAACACAAACAAAAAGCUUAAAAAGCCUUUAAGAAUGUCGUUUCGGGCGAAGGUUCUGGGUCUGGUUGACGUGAUGAUGCGUGUUCCACCCAUUUUGGUCAUCGAUGAAAUUCUCAAAAUCGGAAUGGGUCUGCCCACUCGCUUGUAUCCGCCGUUGGAGAAAACCGGCGCUCUAACAGACGAUGUGGUCAUUGAAGGUGUUCCAGUUGAUGGAAACAUUAGCUCCUCGACCACUGCAUCCAAUUUAAGCACCUCCACUAGCAAUUUAACCAACAACAACAACAACGUACCUGGCCUUGCAACAACGGCAUCGGCAGCAAUAGGAUUAUUAAUAAAAAACGCUACCGAAACGGUUGGCGGUGUUGUUGAUGGUGGAGGCGGGAAUGCGGGGGGUGGAUUUGUAGUUGAAGAAGGAUUUGAGGCAGCAAUAGAAAGUAAUUUGAAUGAUAUUCUAUCGAUAACAGCGGUGAAAUUUGUCAUUUGUUUAGUUGGUUUUCUGUGUGCAGCAUGUAUAUUUAUGCUAUGGACAAGGCAUUUGGUAAUGGUCUAUCUAUUCGUCAUAUCUGUGGGUUUGACAUUUCUAUCAUAUUGGAGUAAUGUAUCAGCAUUGGCCCUAAUGGAAAGUGGGCCAUGUCUACUAGUCGACAUUCUCUCAUUCAACACAUCACGUCUGUUAGAUCCUGGAGGUGUUGUCCUCUCACUAAUGCCACAUCUCGUCGCCCAAUGGUUUAUGGGAAUGCUAUUUGCAUACAUUCAUCUAGGUCCACGCUAUGAAUUUCUUCAGAAAAAGAUGCCCUUCAUAUUUGUUAGUCCCAUUCUAUUGGCAAUGUUGCCAUUACCUCCCUCAUUCCUUAAACUAACACCAGCUUUUGCUGGAAUAAUACCAUUUAUCCUCACCAAAAUUACACUCUACACAAGUGCAAUGGAAGCGGGUAAAACGAUUUUAAAUGGCUAUGAAUAUGCAAUGAAUUUUGUCUCAAACUUUGGUCUAUCGGCGUUAAUUGAAAACGAAUGGCAACGGUUAAAUGUGCCAUGUGUUUUGCGAGUAUUCUGGUCUAUAAGAAUUGGUCAAGAGCUUAUUUCGCUGAUCUUUGCAAAGGACGUUAGCCUAAAUGUUAUUGGGACAGUGCACAAACUGCUUUCGGAUGGAUGUGAGACUCUGACAGCUGUACUUGGAAUGACCAGUGUCAUUUCGAUAGUCUGUCACUACAUUGGCAAGAUGUUCCAAUGGUUCUUAAUGUCUGGCGAUACAGAUGAGGAAAAAUCAUUGGGUACCGUUUCGGCAGUACUCUUUUAUAUUCUUGCACUGCAGACUGGUCUGACUUCGUUGUCGCCUGACAAGCGCUUCAUUCGUCUGUGUAGAAACCUGUGCCUUUUAGUUACCGCAUUAUUACAUUUCCUUCACAAUAUUGUUUCACCAAUUCUGAUGUCACUGAGUGCAGCAAGAAGUCCAUCGAGGAAACGUCAUACACGUGCCUUGGUCGUGUGUGUUUUUUUGUUGGUGGCACCGAUUAGUUUACUUUUGGUGCUAUGGUCAAGACAUUCACCUUCUACCUGGAUGUUAGCCGUUACUGCCUUUUCUGUUGAAGUCAUUGUUAAAGUUCUUGUGAGCUUAGCAACAUAUGCACUAUUCUUAUACGAUGCUAGAAGAGACUCCUUUUGGGAAAAAUUGGACGAUUAUGUGUACUAUGUUCGUGCUUUUGGUAAUUCAGUUGAAUUUUGCUUUGGCAUUUUGCUCUUUUUCAAUGGUGCCUGGAUUCUUUUCUUCGAAUCUGCACAAAAUGCUACAGGGGGCGCAAUCAGAGCCAUCAUGAUGUGCAUCCAUGCCUAUUUCAAUAUCUGGUGUGAGGCUCGUGCCGGCUGGUCCAUUUUCAUGAAACGAAGAUCUGCUGUGGAUAAGAUAUCAGCUCUGCCCGAAGCUACAGAAGCUCAACUUAAUAAUUUAAAUGAUGUUUGUGCAAUUUGUCAUCAGCAAAUGGAAUCGGCUAAAAUAACUCGAUGCAGGCACUUCUUCCACGGAGUCUGUCUCCGAAAGUGGCUUUACGUGCAAGACCGGUGUCCACUUUGCCACGAAAUAAUGAUGUACAUAGACAGACCCGGAGAAAACAACCAAAUUCCAGCCAACAAUCAACAGGAAGAGCGGCCAAAUAAUAAUAACGCCCAAGAAUUACUUCGAAGGGCAACCGGACAACAUGAGACUCGCGAAGCCGUGCCAAAUCGAAUGGCAGCUGUUGCAUCAAUUGGAACAUCUCUCCCGACAGCGGCAGCAGCCUCAUCCGUAGCGGGGACAGCAUCAUCUAGCAAUAGUACAGGCGAUGAUAGCAGCAGCUCUAUAGUUCACAAUUUUCGACUUUCACCGCCACCUGUAGAACUUCAGGAGUAGGUACUUACCUCAAUCAUUAUUAGCUCCAUUACUACCACCACGAAUGAAUAAAAGAAAACAGUCAAGUCGAAUGCUCAUAUAGAAACAAAGAAAAAAAAAAAAAAAACAA